GUACGCUGCAGCAUAUCCUGCGUAAGCUGCUGUAGUUAGCAAUGGCGGAGCUCAAAGAGGCAGACGCUGUUCAGCUUCACCGGGAGGACGCCGAUAUCAAACAUGAAGGUGGUGGAGAUGCACCGUCAGCUGGUGAACAAGCUGGUGAACAAGCUGCAGAACGGACAGUGAAGACCGAAGCUGCUGAAGACAACGAUGCCAAACCCUCAACCACAACUUCUGAGAGACACAUCUCCAUCCAAACUAAAUUGGAUGGACUCGAGGUGCUGGUUGACCUCAAUGGUGCGGGGCGUAAAUCGUGUCCUCUGUGUCCCGAGGAGAAGUUUAAAGCUUGCUACAGCCACAAGCUCCGCCGACACCUGCAGAACCUCCACUGGAAAGUCUAUGUGGAGUUUGAAGGCCAGAGAAUGUGCAUCUGCCACCUGCCCUGCAGAAACCUGAAGCCCAGCCACAGUGGAGAUCAGGCGUCGGGGAGACACGUGGCUCACUACCACUGUGUGGUGUGUUCUGUGACCAUCGCCCGCAAGACGGACAUUAUUAGCCACCUGAAGCGGCACGUCAACAAAGGAGAGACUGAAGCCAGCUACUCCGGGAGUUCGGACGUCCCGUUUGAGGAGCCGGCUCCGUCCGGUCAGGCGUAUGAAAUCAUGAAAGAACUUGGAACCAACGUGCAGCUCCUCCCGAACCACACCACGCCGCAGAAGAGCGACACUUACUUCAACCCCAAGAUGAAGACCAACAGGCAGCUGGUGUUCUGUUCGCUGGCGGUUCUGGCCGAGGAGAGAAACCCGCUUGAGUGUCUGGACGCUUUUGGAGCCACAGGGAUUAUGGGCCUCCAGUGGGCGAAGCACCUUCGUAACGCCGUCAAAGUCACCAUAACCGAUAUCAGCGACACGUGCAUCAAAAUGAUCAAAGAGAACUGCGAGCUCAACCAGAUCCGGGUGGAUGGAGGCUCACGGGGCUCUCGAGUCCCCCGGGGACCCGACGGGGCCGGCAGCGAAGUCGAGGGAGCGCCCGUCGCCACGGUGGAGGUCGUCAAGAUGGACGCCAACGUCACCAUGCACCUGUGGCCCUUUGACUACAUCCACAUGGAUCCGUUCGGGACGGCAGUGAACUACCUGGACGCCGCCUUCAGGAACGUCCGUAACCUGGGCAUCAUCUCUGUGACAUCCACGGACACAAGCUCUCUGUACUCCAAGACGCCUAACGUCACCCUGCGUCACUACGGCUGUCACAUCGUGCGCACCGAGUACUACAAAGAGCUGGCCGCGCGCAUGGUGCUGGCCACCGUUGCCAGAGCGGCGGCUCGCUGUAACAAAGGCAUCGAGGUGCUGCUGGCAGUGGCGUUGGAGCACUUUGUCCUGGUGGUGGUGAGAGUCCUCAGAGGUCCUACGCAGGCCGAUGAGUCGGCGAAGAAGUUGCGGAAACUGGUCCACUGUCAGUGGUGUGAGGAGAGGGUCUUCCUCAAACUGGGAAACAUGGUGGACGACACGCUGCCCUGCAACUGUCAUGGAAGUCUGCCUGGAAGGACCGCAGUGCAGCUGGGACCGUUAUGGUCUGGUCCUCUGUUUAACACGGGCUUCCUGAGGAGGAUGCUGUCGGCGGCAGUGCAGCACAGCAUGGACGACAUCCAGACGCUCAUCAAAAAUCUCAUCUGCGAGUCCGACUGCACCACCCUGAAGGCGUUAGUCCACGGGCCGGCCGCGCUCACCAACCAGGUGGAGUGUGGAGUCGUCAUCAAGACCUUACAGAGCGGAGCCGAGUCGGGUCCUGCCGAGCCGUCUGGUAAGAGGAAGACUGGAGAAGAGUCCGGGAAUGUACUGAAGAAGAUUAAGACCGAUGGAUCUCUGGCUCACCCGCCCUUCUACUACAGCAUCCACCGCCACAGCAUCAGAGGCAUGAACAUGCCCAAGUUGAACAAGUUCCUUCAGUACCUGACGGAGGCCGGCUUCAGGGUGAGCCGGACUCACUUUGACCCGACGGGGGUUCGAACCGACGCCACGCUGGAGCAGUUUAAGUCUGUCCUUACCAAGUACAGCGUCCCCACGUACACCACCGCCACGCAGACGAGCGUGAGCGCGGAGAAGACUGUGUGAGGAAGGAGCAGGAAGGAGGGGGAUUCGCCCGCAACCUUCCAGGCUUUGAUGAACAAAAUGGACCUGCUGGUCUCAUUUCUACUCCACAAAGUUCUGACUGCACUGAUAUCGAAAACAAACCCACAAACAGCUCUCUAUGUGGACGUGCAUAUACUAGAAUAAAGUAGUAAAAGCAAACCAGCCUGAUCCUGCUGCACAAAUGAGCCCAACUGAUCCACUGUUUCUAUUUAUUUCAGACUUCUAUUGAAAAAUUCUUGAGUUACAAGAUUGUUUUCUUUCUUUUCGAGAUGGUUUUCAUCAUCUUUUUUUUGUUUUGUUUCUCCUGUCUCUAUAAAGGCAAAAUAAAGUGUAUCUGCCAAGCCUGAA